AUGCACUGCUGCUUGGAGCUGUGGGCGAUCUUGCUUUGGGCACUGCACCACGUGUUCGCUUCGACGGGGCAGCAGGUGCUGCAGCAGGAUCCGCAUAUACUUCAUGCCGAACUUCAUGGGGUAGGCUUCGAUGAGCCAUAUCAGGAUGGCAAUCCUGAGGAGGAUCAGCACCUCCAAGAAAGUGUGGAGUCUCAGGUGUCACAACAAAGGCUACGGAGCUCAAGUUGCUGCCACAAGAAAGCACCAAACGGCUUUCCGCUUCAAAGCCAUGCUGCCAUGAGACCUGGGAAGGUGCAUAUGGUCGCGGAACUUCUUCACCCUUAG